AGAGAAAAAAGUUAUUAAGAAAGAUAUUGAUAAGAUAGAUAAAGACAAUAUAAAAGAAGUAAAAAAUAAUAAAGAAGAAAUCAUAGCUAAUGAUAAGCCUCAAUCAAAUAUACAAGGUAGUAAACAAAAGAAAACAUUAUAA